AAGAUGAAGAAAGAUGAGUCAUCAUUAGCCUUUGAGACAACAAUAACAUAUACAAAAUAAAGGAAGCACAACUUGUUACUGUAUUAGUUAUAGUAAUAUGGAGAGAAAGCCUCUUGAAGUCGAGUCCACGGAUCACCAAAAACCUUCCUCCGCCGUGUACAAUGGCCCUGUUACGGCGGUUGAUUCUGUUCAAGAAGAAGUUCAGGAGACAAAAGUGGUUUACAGAGGCUGGAAAGUCAUGCCUUUCAUCAUUGGAAACGAGACAUUUGAGAAACUUGGGAUCAUUGGAACACUAUCAAACCUUCUUGUUUACUUAACUGCUGUCUUCAACAUGAAGAGUAUCACAGCUGCAACAAUCAUCAAUGCCUUUAGUGGCACAAUCAACUUUGGAACCUUCGUUGCUGCUUUCCUCUGCGACACUUACUUCGGUCGUUACAAGACACUAACCGUCGCGGUCAUCGCAUGUUUUCUUGGAUCACUUGUGAUACUACUAACUGCUGCAGUGCCACAACUACAUCCAGCUCCAUGUGGAACAGCCCUCACAUGUACAGGACCAAGUGGUGGCCAGAUAGCGUUUCUACUAAUGGGUCUAGCCUUUCUUGUAGUGGGAGCAGGUGGGAUUAGACCGUGUAAUCUUGCUUUCGGUGCUGAUCAGUUUAACCCAAAAAGCGAGUCAGGGAAAAGAGGGAUUGAUAGUUUCUUCAACUGGUACUUCUUCACCUUCACGCUAGCGCAAAUCUUGUCUCUGACACUUGUUGUCUACAUCCAGUCUAACGUCAGUUGGACCAUCGGUUUAACCAUCCCGGUCGUGUUAAUGUUCUUGGCCUGCGUGAUCUUCUUUGCGGGUGAUAAGUUGUAUGUGAAGAUCAAAGCCUCAGGUAGUCCAUUGGCUAGUAUAGCUCAAGUUAUAACGGUUGCAAUCAAGAAACGUGGGUUAAAGCAUGUGAAGCAGCCUUGGCUUAACCUUUACAAUUACUACCCACCAAAGUACGCAAACUCCAAGCUCAAGUACACUGACCAGUUCAGGUUUCUUGACAAGGCAGCCAUCUUGGCUCCUGAAGACAAGUUGGAGGCUGAUGGAAAGCCUGUGGAUCCAUGGAAGCUAUCUACAAUGCAACAAGUUGAAGAAGUGAAGUGCAUUGUGAGAGUGCUUCCUAUAUGGUUUGCUUCGUCGAUCUAUUACUUGACCAUCACGCAACAAAUGACUUAUCCCGUCUUCCAAGCCCUCCAGAGCGAUCGUAGCUUAGGCUCUGGAGGGUUUGUGGUUCCCGCAGCAACCUAUGUUGUCUUCUUGAUGACAGGAAUGACUGUUUUCAUCAUAAUCUACGACCGCGUCCUCGUGCCUACCUUAAGAAGAAUCACCGGUCUAGACACCGGGAUCACGCUCUUGCAGAGGAUUGGAACCGGGAUCUUCUUCGCCUUUUUGAGCUUGAUAGUCUCUGGCUUCGUCGAGGAAAGGAGGAGAAACUUCGCCUUGACUAAACCAACACUCGGUAUGGCGCCACGGAAGGGAGAGAUCUCCUCAAUGUCAGCAAUGUGGCUGAUACCGCAGCUCACACUGGCUGGUAUAGCCGAGGCAUUUGGAGCCAUUGGACAGAUGGAGUUUUACUACAAGCAGUUCCCUGAGAACAUGAGGAGUUUCGCUGGCUCCAUCUUUUACGUAGGAGGAGGAGUUUCCAGUUACCUCGGUAGCUUCUUGAUUGCGACGGUUCACAGGACGACGCAGAACUCGGCCGGUGGUAACUGGUUGGCUGAAGAUUUGAACAAAGGAAGAUUGGAUUUGUUUUACUUCAUGAUCGCUGGAAUCUUGGCGGUUAAUUUUGCUUACUUCUUGGUGAUGUCAAGAUGGUAUAGGUACAAAGGAAGUGACGAUGAAGUGACAACUUAUGAAACCAAUGGUGAUAUGGUCAAACAACAAGACAAGAACAAAGUCUAGUGGGUCAAUGUGGUUUCUCAUCUUCUUGAAGCUUUUACACUUAGUUUUUGGUCAGCUUCAAUCCCUUUUUUUGCACUUUCUUUGAAUAAGCUAAGCUAGUAAUCGUAUACUUGUUGUAGCUCUUUUUUUUCUAUCAUUGUGGAGAAAAAGGAUAUGAUAAAUGUGUUACACAAUAACAAUUUGUCUUUUUGCAUUUAA